CAGUUUCCUGCUCUAUUUCCAGCUGUUUUCCUGCUCUGGAACCUUUAUCUCCCUUUCUGCUGAUUUGAAGAAGUGUUUUCACAUCACACAAACCAAGAUUUCAGCACUGGACUAAAAUCAUAAACAAAGCAUACACAAUGCUGUGCCCAUGGCAGUUUGCAUUCAGAUCUCGUGCUGCUAAGAGCCCAUUCUCUGCAGAGAAGGACAUCAAUAAUAACGUGGAUAGGAAGAGCCAUGGCUUAGAAAAUGAUGAUGCCAAAAUAUAUGAUCUGAACAAGAAGUGGAUAGAGAUGCCACCUGUAACUUCAGCAAAGGCCACUGAUGGCAGAGAGAACCCCUCCCAAAAUGGUAUCAAAGCUUCAAACCAAGUAUCAAGAUGUCCAAGACAUGUGAAAGUAAGAAAUAUGGAAAAUGGCUCCAGCUUUCUUGACACACUACACCUGACAGCAAAGGAGGUUAUCAACUGCCGGACCAAAGCCUGCCAAGGGGCACUCAUGACCCCAAAGGGCCUGGUGAAAGGUACUCGAGAUGAGCCAGUUCCACCAGCAGAGCUGUUACCUCAGGCAAUAGACUUCAUCAAGCAGUACUACAAUUCAUUUAAAGAAAAGCCAAAAAUAGAUGAGCACCUGGCCCGACUGGAAACAGUGACCAAGGAGAUAGAAACAAUAGGAACCUACCAUCUGACUAAGGAGGAACUGAUCUUUGCUGCCAAGCAGGCCUGGAGGAAUGCACCCAGGUGCAUUGGGAGGAUCCAGUGGUCCAAUCUGCAGGUAUUUGAUGCACGUGAUUGUAAAACAGCAAAGGAAAUGUUUGAACAUCUCUGUCGUCAUAUUCAGUAUGCCACCAACAGUGGAAAUAUAAGAUCAGCCAUCACUGUCUUCCCCCAGAGGACUGAUGGGAAACACGAUUUCCGUGUUUGGAACAGCCAGCUCAUCCGAUACGCUGGGUAUCAGAUGCCGGAUGGAUCUGUCAUCGGAGACCCUGCCAGCGUGGAGUUCACACAGCUGUGCAUUGAGCUUGGGUGGAAGCCGAAAUACGGCCGCUUUGAUGUAGUUCCCCUUGUUCUCCAAGCAAACGGCCAAGACCCAGAAAUAUUUGAGAUCCCGCCAGAAAUUGUCCUCGAAGUUCCAAUGGAGCAUCCAAAGUAUGAAUGGUUUAAGGAGCUAGAUCUGAAAUGGUAUGCGCUGCCUGCUGUUGCCAACAUGCUGCUUGAGGCAGGAGGCCUGGAGUUCACUGGGUGUCCUUUCAAUGGCUGGUACAUGGGCUCGGAGAUUGGAGUGCGGGACUUCUGCGACGUGCAGCGGUACAACAUCCUGAAGGAGGUAGGGAGGAGAAUGGGACUGGAAACAAACAAACUUUCAUCACUAUGGAAAGACCGAGCUGUUGUAGAGAUAAAUGUGGCUGUGCUUUACAGCUUCCAGAAACAGAAUGUGACCAUCAUGGAUCACCACUCAGCUGCUGAGUCCUUCAUGAAGUACAUGCAGAAUGAGUACCGCGCGCGAGGAGGCUGCCCAGCUGAUUGGGUGUGGAUCGUACCUCCCAUAUCAGGGAGCAUAACUCCUGUCUUCCAUCAGGAGAUGCUGAACUAUGUCCUCACUCCCUUCUAUUACUACCAGGUGGAUGCAUGGAAAACGCAUGUCUGGCAUGAUGAGACCCGGAGGCCAAAGAAAAAGGAAAUCAAGUUUAGCAUCUUGGCCAAGGCUGUCCUCUUUGCAUCUUCACUCAUGCAACAAACGAUGGCAACCAGGACCAAGGUCACUGUAAUCUAUGCAACAGAGACUGGGAAAUCUGAAACACUAGCCAACAAUCUAUGCAGCUUGUUCAACUGUGCCUUCAACACCAAGAUUCUGUGCAUGGAUGAGUACAACAUUCAUGACCUGGAAAAAGAAACACUUCUGUUAGUGGUUACCAGCACUUUUGGCAAUGGGGAUUCUCCAAAUAACGGAAAGACUUUGAAGAACUCCUUGCUCACCCUGAAAUCACUGAGAAAAAAGAUCAGAUACGCUGUGUUUGGUUUGGGCUCCAGCAUGUACCCAGAGUUCUGUGCCUUUGCUCAUACCAUUGACCAAAAACUGGCCCAACUCGGGGCUUCUCAGCUCACUCCAGUAGGUGAAGGAGAUGAGCUCGGUGGGCAAGAAGAAGCCUUUCGCUCAUGGGCAGUCACUGCAUUCAAGACUGCCUGUGACAUUUUCAACAUCCGGGGCAAAGCCAGUAUUCAGUUGCCUGAGGUUUAUACCUCUGAUGAAAGCUGGGAUCCUAAGAAUUACAGGAUAGUGCAUGACUCUCAAACCAUGGUCUUGGCUAAAGCACUUGCAAGCAUUCACAGCAAGGACAUCAUUCCCAUGAAGCUGAAGUUCAGACAGAAUCUUCAAAAUGUAAAAUCCAGUCGUGUUACCAUUCUAGUCAAGCUUUCCUGUGAGACUGAUCAGGAAGUGCACUACCUGCCUGGAGCACACAUCGGGAUUUUCCCAGGCAACCACCCAGAAUUAGUCCAUGGCCUCAUUGCACACGUCAAGGAUGCUCCUCCAGCUGACCAGACUGUCAGACUUGAAGCCUGCACCAAUGGUGGCUGCUGGACAAGAGACAAAAGGCUUCCAGCCUGCACACUGCCCGAGGCGCUGAUGUACCUGCUUGACAUCACCACUCCACCCUCCCAGCAGCUGCUGAAGAAGCUCUCCCAGCUGGUAACAGAGGAAGGAGACAAACAGAGGCUGGAAGUUUUGUGUCAGAGCACAGAAGAAUACAAUAAAUGGAAGUUCUACAACAACCCGAACAUCCUGGAGGUGUUGGAGGAGUUUCCCUCUGCUGAGGUCUCAACAGCUUUCCUCCUGACUCAGCUGCCACUCCUGAAACCCAGGUACUAUUCUGUCAGCUCCUCCUGUGAUGUGACAGCCAGAGAGAUUCAUCUGACAGUUGCGGUUGUAAACUACAGGACAAGAGAUGGACAAGGGCCUUUGCACCACGGAGUUUGCAGCACGUGGCUGAACACAAUAGCUCUCAAUGAAAUGGUUCCGUGCUUUGUACGCAGCGCUAACGAAUUCCAGCUCCCGAAGGAGCCAAGCAGGCCAUGCCUCCUGAUCGGCUCAGGAACAGGGAUUGCUCCCUACAGGAGCUUCUGGCUGCAGCGUCUCCACGACUUGGAAAAGAGAGGGAUCAAAGGGGGUGACAUGAUGUUGCUGUUUGGCUGCCGGCAGCCAGACAUGGAUCACCUCUACAAAGCAGAAACUGAGGAAAUGAAGAGGAAGGGAAUCCUGAAAGAAGUCUACACAGCUUACUCCAGACAACCUGGCAAACCUAAAGUCUAUGUUCAAGACAUUCUUCAAAGCAAGCUGGGGACCAAAGUGUGCAACCUCUUGCAUAAGGAGGGAGGGCACCUCUAUGUCUGUGGAGACGUGCGCAUGGCCAGGGACGUUGCUCAGGCUCUGAAGAGGUUGCUCACAAAAGCCCUGAAGCUCAGCGAGCAGCAGGCAGAGGAGUAUUUCUUCCAGCUAAAGAGCCAAAAGCGAUACCAUGAAGAUAUAUUUGGGGCUGUGUUCCCACAGGAAGUCAAGAGAGGGGCAGGAGCUUUGCAACCCAGCAGCCCACGAGCAAAUCACCUCCUGUUUUAGCCAAUACUUGCACAUUUGUGGUUGUUUUCAAAACGCAAGGGCUCAAAUCCUCUUUCUCAUGCAUGUUCAUGUAUGUGUGUGUAUGUGUGACACGUAUGUACAUGUGUAGAACAUGUCUGUGAUGGUAGGAUUUGACCUUUAAACCUCAGCCUUAAGGAAAACAUGAAGUUUAACGUUUUGUUACUAUUUAUUCUGAGACUUCAUUGAUUUUCUCAAUAGUGAAGAUGCAAAUUAUUUUUGUAAUGCUGUCUGCAGUCUGUACUUGCUGUUUUCUGUAAAUAUGAGGAAAUCCUGAGGUUUUUUAUGGCAUGAGCUGCAAGUGGAAUAUUUCUUGAACCCGCACUGUAUCUGUGUGAGGGUUUUGUACCAGAUUCUUUCCCUGUGCACAUUUAUCCUCACCUUAAAGCAAGUAACUGGACGGUUGUGCCGCUUGGGAAUGUUCAGUCCCACGCCUGGCUGCAUCCACAGCAAGAUAUGCAAAUGAGAUAAUAAUGUGAUGGUUCCUAAGUGGCAAUACCUGCUCCAGGUGUGGGUGCAUGAGGAGGCAGUGGUUGCAGUUCUGCUUUGUGUGUUUCAGGUACUUGAACCUGAAUUGUUGUUGUUACCUGGCCCAUGGCAGUGAGGUUCAGAAGAGUCAAAAGCACUUGGUACAUUUGAAUCCGAUGCUCUGAUUUACUUGAUUUGUGUGUAAUAAAA